AUGCAUCCCGAUUGGGAAGCUUUAGAUAGCUAUGACAAGCAAGACAUGGCCAUAUAUAGAACUUCCACUCCAAUCAAAUUUAAUGAAAAUGUAUUGCCUGUUUGUCUACCAACUUCACCAAAAGAUUAUUCGGGCUCAAAAGCUAUUAUCGCAGGCUGGGGUCUAACUAUUGAGGGAGGCAAAAGUUCACAGCUUUUACAAGAAGCCCGGAUUAAGGUUAUUACUGAAGAUGAAUGUAAAGUUGACACUACAGUAGGCAGUCUUUAUAGCCCUGAUUCAAUGCUUUGUGCGUUUGCUCCUAGCAAGGAUGCUUGCCAAGGUGAUUCUGGUGGUCCGUUAUUUUUACAAACGGGAGCUAAUCGGUAUGAGCAAAUCGGUGUGACUUCGUUCGGUAUUGGCUGCGGAAAAGAUUUGCCAGCAAUCUAUACCAAAGUCUCCACUUCUUUGGAAUGGAUACACAGUGUAAUUAAAAAUGCUGAUACAUGUCAAGAUGCAGAUGCAGCUUAG